UGCAAAUGUGACAAACGUUGUGUCAACAGAGUUGCCCAGCUUGGUUUGAGGACACGGUUACAAGUCUUCAAGACAGAAAAAAAGUAAGUUUAUGUGAGGAAAACAAACUGCACCUUAUUUAAAACCUUGUUUAAAUGUAGCAAAAUAUCAUUGUUGUUUUGGUUAAAGUACAAGCAACUUUUUGAUCCACUCUGUACUUUUACAGUAUUUUUAAUUUUUCAAGCAUCCUCUGUGACCAAAAAUAUACACAGUUGGGGGGUGUGGGUCUUUUUGCACAAGAUUUGAAACAUUUUUAUUUACAGUCUUAAACUAAAUUUAGCUGGGGCAAUCGGAUUUCUUUUCUGGGGUAUGGGGGGAUUUGAGGAUGUGCAGUCUAUCUGUUUCUAAUUUUAAAGACACAGUGGUUCUGUGACUGGCUCUUACUGUCCUUUAAAAACGCUUUUUUGGAUUUAAGAUAUUGUUAGACUUUAAGAUAUAUAUAAAGUAUAAAGGUCUCAUCCCACAACAUGUUGUCUUCUCUUGUCAGAGGUUGGGGUCUACGCUGUCUGGAUGACAUUGCCAAGGGAAGUUUUAUAUGUAUAUAUGCAGGCCAGCUGCUUACUGACAAGGGUGCUAACGAGGUAAUGGCGCGUUGGAUCAAAUUUUUUUUUUACUGUAAUAAAUUUCUUUUAAAAAUUAAACAUGAACAACCCUAACUUCUACUGCAGCACAAAUCUACCUAAAUAAUUAGUUUUGUUUAAUGAUUCUGAGGGCUUGUGCUAUUUAAAAAAUAUGUGCAGCACACAUGCAAAAAUCUAAAACUUCAAUUUAAAUGUGGAAUCAGUGGUAGAAGAUAGAUUUCAAACAUUUUAAGGUUUGUAUAAUGUUUAAAUGAAGAUUCUAUACACUUCAGAUUUGUAAUGAUGUUUAGAUAAAGAUUUAAGCACUUACUAUUUGUAUAAUGUUUAGAAUAUUUCCAUGAUAUCGACCUUCAGGAUGGUAAACAGUACGGUGAUGAGUACCUGGCUGAAUUGGACUUUAUUGAAGUGGUGGAACGACAGAAGGAGGGCUACGAAAGUGACAUCGAUAAUUUAGACUUCUCUGAUGACGAGACCGAUGUUAAUUACAAGGCUUCCAAAGACUCUGAGGACGACAGGUAUUUAAAAAAGUCUUUUUCAGAUAAGCCGUUUUUUUUUUACAUUUGGCUUUUAAGAGUUGUCUCACAGUUAUGUUGUUUCUUUCUUGUUUUACCGCCCCUGUGAGAGUAUUUGGCAUUGUCUGUUUCUCACUUUGGCGAGGGGCUUGGAGGUUAUGGCUUUAAAAAAAAAAAACAAGAGGUAAGCAGGCGAAUACAUGAGCUGUGCUUCCAGUGUUUCUCAGAGAUCUUAUAACUGCAGAAUUAAGUUUUUACAUCUUCUGAUACAUCAACGGGCAGUGGGGCAUUUAUUGAUAUGAUUUUUAUGAAUAUAUAACUUGUGUUACGGGUUUCAAUUCGUUGAUGGAGGUUUUCUUGUAGCUGGAGGCUUUUAAUAUUAUGCAUUUGGAAUGUCAAGCAGAUUUGUAGUGUUUGUUAGACAUCUGAUUUCAUAGAAACAUCUGUCUGUGUUAGCCAGUAGGGUCAAGCAUGAUACGAUAAAUUCCAUUUUUUAAAAGACUUUUUGCACUGCCAAUGAACAUACUAAGUAAACUUAAAACUAUCCAUAUUAAAAAAAUACCACUUCCUAUAUUUGUUUAUAAAUUCGUUUAUUUGUAACAUUUUGUGGAUGUGUUAAUAAACUCAUUAAUUGUAGGUUUUUGUAUAUUUAUUUCUACCAUUUUUGUAUAAUGUAUUGUUUCCAGUGACUACAUGCAAGAGGGCAGCCCACCAGACAGUGCCAAUCAAAGGUAA